CUGUAAUGUGUGUGAGGGAGAGGGUUGGACCUGCCAGCUAGAAUACUGCCCCUCAUUUCUCAGAUUGACUCGAUUAUCAUCCCCUGACUCAUUCAGGACACCCUGUAAAUAAGGAUUAAAGCGGUGAUUCUAACCAACCAGAAAGCUGAAAUCUGUUCGGGUUACUUCAAACAAACAGGCCCACAUUUCUCCACAAAGCUUUCCAUCCACUCUGAAGCCUUGACUGUCAGCUGUGAAGGACUGCAGCAUUGAGACCUGUCUUUACAGAAAAGUAUGGACCCAGCUGGAGGAAUAUCCGCCACCAUUUACGCCAACCGACUGCGGGCAGAAGGCAUGGGCUCCAACGAUCAGGCAGUGCACUUUUUAAACCAGAACUAUGAGGCACUAAAGCAGGAGUGUGUGGAGUCAGGCUGCCUGUUUGAAGAUCCAUGUUUCCCUGCCGAGCCAACCUCCCUGGGCUUCAAGGAGCUCGCCCCUUACUCUGCUAAAACUAGAGAUGUGGAGUGGAGGAGACCCACGGAACUGACGGAUGAUCCUCAGUUCAUUGUAGGUGGAGCCACCAGAACAGACAUCUGUCAAGGAGCGCUGGGUGACUGCUGGCUCUUGGCUGCCAUCGCCUCUCUAACCCUGAAUGAGAGGCUUCUUCAUCGGGUUGUACCUCAUGGUCAGUCUUUUCAAGACGACUAUGCAGGAAUCUUUCACUUUCAGUUCUGGCAGUUCGGCGAGUGGGUGGAUGUUGUGAUUGAUGACAGACUGCCUGUCAAAGAUGGAGAGCUCAUGUUCGUCCACUCUGCUGAGGGCAAUGAAUUCUGGAGUGCACUCCUGGAGAAAGCUUACUCUAAACUGAAUGGCUCCUAUGAGGCCCUGUCAGGAGGAAGCACCACUGAAGGCUUUGAGGACUUCACAGGUGGAGUAUCUGAGAUGUACGAGCUCCGCAGCGCUCCCAGAGACCUGUACCGGAUCAUCGGCAAAGCGCUAGAGAGAGGCUCGCUGCUGGGCUGCUCCAUUGAUAUCACCAGUGCCUUCGAUAUGGAGGCUGUUACGUUUAAGAAGCUUGUGAAAGGCCAUGCCUACUCAGUCACUGGAUUAAAGGAGGUUGAUUAUCAUGGAAACAUGGAGCGCCUUAUCCGGGUACGUAACCCCUGGGGUCAGGUGGAGUGGACUGGAGCCUGGAGUGACAACUCCCCUGAAUGGGAUGAGAUUGACCCUUCUGAGAGAGAAGACCUGCAUCUGCAGAUGGAAGAUGGCGAGUUUUGGAUGUCCUUCAGGGAGUUUUUGCGGCAGUUUUCCCGGCUGGAGAUCUGUAACCUGACUCCUGAUGCUCUGAGCGAGGACAGUCAGAGUCACUGGAACACCAUCAAGUUUUACGGCACGUGGAGGAGAGGUAGCACGGCCGGAGGCUGCAGGAACCAUCCCAACACGUUCUGGAUUAACCCUCAGUAUAAGAUCACGUUGCUGGAGGAGGAUGAUGAUCCAGAGGAUGAUGAGGUGGCAUGCAGUUUUUUAGUCGCGCUUAUGCAGAAAGACCGCCGCAGGUAUCGACGCCACGGUCAGGACAUGCACACCAUUGGCUUCGCUCUGUACGAGAUUCCAGAAGAGUACAGAGGCUGCCAGAAUGUCCACUUGAAGAAAAAUUUCUUUUUGAGUCAUUCAUCAUGUGCUCGCUCUGAAACCUUCAUUAACCUGCGAGAGGUGAGCACACGGCUUCGUCUGCCUCCUGGAGAAUAUCUCAUCGUACCCUCCACCUUCGAGCCAAACAAAGAGGCCGACUUUGUCCUUCGAGUCUUCACUGAGAAGCAAUCAGAAACUGAAGAACUAGAUGAUGAAGUUUCUGCAGAUUUAGAAGAUGAAGAGGAAAUAACUGAGGAUGACAUUGAUGAAAACUUUAAAGCCAUGUUUGCCCAACUAGCAGGAGAGGACAUGGAGAUUUCCAUUCGGGAGCUGAAGACCAUUCUGAACAGAGUCAUCACUCGGCACAAAGACCUGAAGACUGACGGCUUCAGCACCGAGUCCUGUAGGACAAUGGUCAACCUGAUGGAUAAAGACGGCAGUGCUCGGUUAGGUCUGGUGGAGUUUCAGAUCCUCUGGAAUAAGAUCCGAAAGUGGCUGGUCAUUUUCAGACAAUUCGACCUUGACAAGUCCGGCGCCAUGAGCUCCUAUGAGAUGCGCCUGGCUGUAGAAGCAGCAGGUUUUAAACUGAACAACAGACUGAACCAGAUUCUGGUGGCUCGGUACGCAGAAAAUGAACUGAUUGACUUUGACAACUUCAUCUGCUGCUUGGUGAAACUUGAAGCCAUGUUUAGGUCUUUCCAGCAGUGUGACAAGGAGGGAUCAGGAGUGGCUGAGAUGAACAUCACAGAGUGGCUUUUCCUGACAAUGUGUGGAUGAAGAGGACCGUCUUCUGCAGAGAAGCGCUUUGAAACUGCUGUCACAAACCUGAAGAAGCCUCAGCCUUUAGAGCUGUAGAUCUUUUAACACGUCCCACCUCAGCGUAUCUAGAAUAACCAAACAAAUGUCUAACAGAAAAUGAAAGUUAAACAAUGCCAAGUGUUGCCCAAAAACUAUGCAAACCUACAGUAGGAGGCUGUCGCUGUUCCACAUAAAUCCAUCAGUCAGCCCUGUAAAAACAGCAUGAGUCUGUGCAUGACAAUUAUCAUUGGCUGUAAUGUGCAAUGUAAGUCCAUUUUAUACUUCUACAUUUUAAUUUUUCUGUCUAUGUGAAUGUCUAUGCCUUUACUAACAUUUUACUGUUCAUUUUUUUAAACUUUAAGAAGAAAACAGGAAGAGAUUGAUGUAGAAAUCUGUUUCUGUAGAAUGAUGAAGGAAGAGUCUAACAGGAUUCAUCAUCGUGAUGUGAGUUAUCAUCUGUGGGCCCAGUUGUUAAAAGAAAAACUGGACAGCACUAACCUGAUCCAGGCAGAGACAUUUAAGGAUUAACCAAUCUGGAUUACCAGGUUUAUCAAAAGUAAUCCAACAAGACUAAAGCUGUCCGACAGGGGAAUUAAAUCCAGAAGUUAGUUGCUUCAUCAGCUUAAUUGAAGUCAUUUUUUAUUUGUGCUUUUAUUUGAACAUGAUUUCAGGAUCUAAGCCUGUCCAGUAGCUUUAAUCUUGUUGGAUAACUUUUAAACAUCUGGGCCCUCAGUGCUGUUUCAUUUUAACUCUUUGACCUCUAGGUGGCAGUACAGACCAGUGUCAAUCAUGGUGUGUUUAUGUUUUGAACUUUGAUACUCAAGUUUUCUCUGUUCUUGUACACCAGUCAUCUUCAUUAGAUGAUGCUGAAGUCAAGCAGCUAAACUUUUAGUUUUACUUGAUUUUUUUUAUUAUUUUGCACUGAAGUUUUAGUUAAAGCUGCUGCUGAAGUUGCCUCACAUUAGAGAGAAAUACUGUACGAUAGUCAAGUGACAUUUACAGGGAUCACGAGACACUGAAUGCCUUACACAUGAAUUAUAGACAGUUAUGAAAUGUGCCAGUCAUGUGUUUUUGCGUUGGGAAUGUAUGUUGUGCCUUUAAUAAAUAUUUG